UCCCAAAUUUUUAAUUAAAGUUAUUAAAAUUUUUAUCUUUAUUUUAUGUGAACUGGUGUUUAUCUGCAUGAUGUCUGUGCAGCGCUUGUGUACAGUGUCUGCAGAGCCCAGAUGAGGGCAUUGGGUCCCCUGGAACUGGAGUUACAGGUGGGUUGUUGAUUACCCUUGUGGGUGCUGGGAACCAAACUCUGGUCCUCUGGAGGAGCAGCAAGACUCCUAACUGCUGAGCCAUCUCUUCAGCCCUACACUUUGUUAAUUGAAUUACUUGGUUCUUUGACAAUUUGUGUCUAUUUUAAAAGCCUUCUGAUUACUGGUGCUCCACACACAGCUCAGAAGUACUCCCUAUGAAACCUGUCCUACAUUCAUGUCUCUGGUUGUUUUGUGCCAGCUGGGGUUUUUGUUUUAGUUCAUUCGUUGUUGAUGUGAUGUCUCACUGAGUUUCCUCGACAGAGCAGACGCACGUGUGAUACAAGGAGAAGCAUCCACCUCAGAGAAAGGGACAGAGUCAGGUUUGCCCUCCUGCCCAGGGCUAUCCGCCCUGUUGGGUGCUUAGAGUAGAUGGAGGUUAUACAUGUGCUCUGUGAACUUGGAUGGAAGAGUCAUUAGAUUGUAUAUGCAGAAGAAUUGAGUGAAUGUGGGUCUGGGUGAGCUGUGUCCUGCAGGUUAGGGACACUCAACAGCUUUGUCCUGGUGCUCCAUAUAGAAGCUCUCAUCUCUGUCCUGCCAGGUCCCCUUCGGGAGUCACUGCCUUAGACACCCAUGUGCCUCUUUGGUAAAGCAUACCCAUGAGAGUGUGGGGUCAUUGUGGUGCUAAUGUUUCCCAGAGGUGAUCGGGGGAGAUGACAUGCUGUUUGUGAUGCAGUAGCUGUGUGUACUUACUUGUCCUAGAUUUCAAGUGUGCUGGGUUAAAGUGCCUUGUGCUUGGGCUCUCUCUUAAGUUACCCAUCUAGGUACACAGGGGACAUGUGCGGAGACAUGCAGACAGCACGGAGGAGUUCCGUGAAAGCUCUGCAGGCUGCUAGGCUUUGUCCUAACAGGACUCCUGCUUCUGAACUCAACACCCUCAGCCGAGGGUUGGUUCCCAGAAACCAGUCAUACUGGUGCCUGUCAUCUGAAAACCACUGGUUGAAGGAGAAGAAGGUGGCAGGUGACAGCUGUCCCUGGGCUUUGUGGCGUGUGGGGUUAUAACUCACAUGGCUGCAGCCAGUGUGACUCCCCCCGGCUCCCUAGACCUGCUGCAGCCCGGCUUCUCCAAGACCCUCCUGGGGACCAAGUUAGAAGCCAAGUACCUGUGCUCAGCCUGCAGAAACAUCUUGCGGAGGCCCUUCCAGGCCCAGUGUGGUCACCGCUACUGUUCCUUCUGCCUGACCAGCAUCCUCAGCUCUGGGCCUCAGAAUUGUGCAGCCUGUGUCCAUGAAGGCCUGUAUGAAGAAGGCAUUUCUAUUUUAGAGAGUAGUUCGGCCUUUCCAGAUAAUGCUGCCCGCAGGGAGGUGGAGAGCCUACCAGCUGUCUGUCCCAAUGAUGGAUGCACCUGGAAAGGAACCUUGAAGGAAUAUGAGAGCUGCCACGAAGGGCUAUGCCCAUUCCUGCUCACCGAGUGUCCUGCAUGUAAAGUCCUGGUCCGCCUCAGCGAGAAGGAGCGCCACACUGAGCAGGAAUGCCCCAAAAGGAGCCUGAGCUGCCAGCACUGCAGGGCAUCUUGUAGCCAUUCAGACCUGGAGGUACACUACGAGGUCUGCCCUAAGUUCCCCUUAACCUGUGAAGGCUGCGGCAAGAAGAAGAUCUCUCGGGAAAAGUUUCAGGACCAUGUUAGAUCAUGCACCAAGUGUCGGGUUCCCUGCAGAUUCCACACCAUCGGCUGUCCUGAGAUGGUGGAGACUGAGGAGCUUCAGGAGCAUGAGGUGCAGAGGCUGCGGGAACACCUGGCCCUGUUGCUGAGCUCGUUCCUGGAGUCCCCAGCCUCACAGGCAAGCCAGAACCAGGCGGGGCCGGAGCUGCUGCAGCGCUGCCACACUUUGGAGCAGAAGACAGCCACCUUCGAGAACAUUGUCUGCGUCCUGAACCGGGAAGUAGAGCGGGUGGCAGUGACUGCAGAGGCUUGUAGCCGGCAGCAUCGGCUAGACCAGGACAAGAUUGAGGCCCUGAGUAACAAGGUGCAGCAACUAGAGAGGAGCAUUGGCCUCAAGGACCUUGCCAUGGCCGACCUGGAGCAGAAGGUCUCAGAGUUGGAAGCAUCCACCUAUGAUGGAGUCUUCAUCUGGAAGAUCUCAGACUUUGCCAGGAAGCGUCAGGAAGCUGUAGCUGGCCGUACACCUGCUAUCUUCUCCCCAGCCUUCUACACAAGCAGAUACGGCUACAAGAUGUGUCUGCGAGUCUACUUGAAUGGCGAUGGCACUGGGCGGGGAACUCAUCUGUCUCUUUUCUUCGUGGUGAUGAAAGGCCCCAAUGAUGCCCUCUUGCGGUGGCCUUUUAAUCAGAAGGUAACGUUGAUGUUGCUGGACCAGAACAACCGGGAGCAUGUAAUCGACGCAUUCAGGCCUGAUGUGACCUCAUCCUCCUUCCAGAGGCCUGUCAGUGACAUGAAUAUCGCCAGCGGCUGCCCCCUCUUCUGCCCUGUGUCCAAGAUGGAGGCCAAGAAUUCCUAUGUGCGGGAUGAUGCUAUCUUCAUCAAAGCUAUUGUGGACCUAACAGGACUCUAGCCACCCGUACUAGGAAUAGCAGCUCAGUGAGGAGCUGCCUCACUGGGCCAGGGCCCUGCCACACAAGGGUGGGCAGGCUUGGUGCAAGCGCUGGGAAGGGCCUCAGCCUAAGCCAGUCACCAUCACACGGAAAGGCAGGAAGGAGCCUCCAGUUGGUCCUCAACUGGUGGACUGUGGGGGGUCCAUUCAGCUCAGGGUCCUUGUGGGACAAGCUGGGGUCUUCUCAGCUUUCCAGUAGAAAAGCUGUUGCUGUCUUUUCUGUCUGGGGAAGGGAGAGGCCCUUGGGUGGGGUACUCAGAAAGAGCCUGGAGAGAGAGAGAGAGAGAGGGCUUCAGAGCUCCACCAGCAGCAAGAGUGUGGUGGUCGAACUUACCCACUCUGGCUUGUGGCAAGGAGGUAGGGGCUCACAGGAGAAGGGCAUCCCCCUGCAGAGCCCAGCCCAGGGGAGAAGCACUCUGAGACACAGGCACUGGAAAAGGCCUGCCUGGGCUGCACAGCCCUGCCAGGUGGCCUGUAUUGAGGAGAAGUGAUUAAACUAUUCAGAAGUCUAUGACAAGUGGUGUUCAUCUGGCUCCAGGAUGCCUGCUGUGUCCAGCCUAGGUAGAAAUGGCCCUCUGGGGCUUCUGCUUUCCUCUUCACAUUGACUGUCUGUUCCUUGUACCCUUCAAGCCCAGGGCUCCCUGUGAGCACUCUAUCAUGGGUCUGCCUGUGCAGAAGUGAAGGACUGACCCUUGCCUGGCUCAUGUUCAAGGUUGUUUCCUCAGGGUUCUGGCCUGGUUCACUCUUUGGACUGAGGUUGGAAUGGAGGCACCAUGGUCUAGGUACUGGGCAUGUCUGUUAGUCAGAAGGCAUAUCCAGUCUCCCUCGGUCCGCUUUCAAGUCACCACAAUAGGAAAUGGGGAGAGCACCAGGGUGGACCCAUCCAUGCCCAUCUCGGUGAGCCUGCUGUGAUUGAGGAAACAUUGCUGUCUAGACCUGUUCAGGUUCCUGCUCUGUCUGAAUGUGUUCACUCUGUAUGUGUCGGCUUUGAAAGUAUACGGAAACAGCAUGGGAUGGCAUCAUGGCGGAGGACUGGCUUCCCCUGACUGCCCUGUGGCUUUCUGGUGGAGGACACAUCUUGUUUUUUUCUCCUGAGUCUGUGCCUUGAGUUCGUAAGCUGGACCAGGGUCUAGGCCCGCCUGUCACCCGUGGCCCCAGGAGAGCUGGUGUUACAUGGCUGUCCCUUAGGUAUUUGUACUUGCUCUGCAGAGAACUACAUCAGGGGUCUUACAGCUGUGUGUGACCUGUGUGCCUUGUAGUAACUUACUUAUACUUCUCUGAGGGCUGACUUUACCAGCUUUAUUGCUCUGGAAUUUCUCCAUAGGAACUGCCCAUUUCUGUCCAUUUUUCUUUCUUCCUGCUUGGUAAAAGUUUCUGGUCUUUCUAACAUUGA